AUGCACGCUCCCGGGAAGGGCUUGCCCCAGUCGGCUCUGCCCUACCACCGCAGCGUCCCCACCUGGCUGAAGCUCACUUCUGAUGACGUGAAGGAGCAGAUCUACAAACUGGCCAAGAAAGGCCUGACUCCCUCCCAGAUCGGUGUGAUCCUGAGAGACUCUCAUGGUGUUGCACAAGUACGUUUUAUGACAGGCAACAAAAUCUUGAGAAUUCUUAAGUCCAAAGGACUUGCUCCUGACCUCCCCGAGGAUCUCUAUCAUUUAAUUAAGAAAGCUGUUGCUGUUAGAAAGCAUCUGGAGAGGAACAGAAAGGAUAAAGAUGCUAAAUUCCGUCUGAUUCUGAUUGAGAGCCGUAUUCACCGGUUGGCUCGAUACUACAAGACCAAACGAGUCCUGCCCCCCAACUGGAAAUACGAGUCAUCCACAGCUUCUGCCCUGGUUGCAGAAAUUUGUCUAUUGUACUAA